CCGUCCCAGCUGUCGCACCGACAACACACCAGCAACACACUGCAGACGAUGCUAACCGUUGUGUGAGGACAGCAGCGGGUUUGUUGAGGACGGACACGGGUGGACUGGCCCAGUUAGCUGCCUGGAAGCUCCGCCCGUUCAGCGCUCAUUCAAAACACAACACAGCUGUUGUGAGCGGAGCGUCAACACAACGAGCCCACACCGCUGUCCUCUAAUGUCCCCGCUGGAAUAUCAGGCCGAGAAAGAGGAAAACGGUGCUGUUCGACUGGAGCCAGCCUCAGAGGAAAACAGGACUUGAUAGAGAGAAAGAAGAAUAAAGGACAAUAGCCAGCUUUACUUGUGGUAAAAUGUGUAUCUGACACAUAUCUGAGAGCCUGACAGGCUGAGGACGAUGAAUGGUCUCCUGCACUAAUGCUAGAUGGUAUGGGAAAGAUGGACCUCCCCAAUGGCCAAUCAAGCAUCUCCAACACCGCUGCUAYAGCCUCUGAGAAGAGUAGCAGCUCAGAAUCUCUCAGUGAUAAGGCAUCUUCAGAGCUGAAGAAGAGUUUUGAUGCUGUUGUGUUCGAUGUGUUGAAGGUCACUCCUGAGGAAUAUGCAGGUCAGAUUACACUCAUGGAUGCUCCUGUGUUCCAAGCCAUCCAACCAGAGGAGUUGUCGAGCUGCGGCUGGAACAAGAAGGAGAAGCACAGCUCUGCUCCAAACGUUGUGGCCUUCACCCGCAGAUUCAAUCAG